AUGGUAAAUAAAUACUUUUGAGAUUGGCACAAAUUGAAUCUGCAUUAAUGAGCUAAAAGUUGACAUUCAUGUGAAUUUUUAAAAGAAUUUUCAGUAUGAUAAAUUCCAUGACAUAAUGCAUUUGUUUAUACUUUAAUUUUCUGCUUUCGGCUGUGGAGUUUUUCAUUUUACUGUAAAGUGGUUGUGGACAUAAGGAAGAUCAGGAUCUACUGGAGUAUCUCUGAGUAAUUUGCAGCAAGGGGCUUUUGUUGUUUCUAAUUCCCAUAUAUCACAACAAUAGCAACAACCAAAUGACUUAUCCCAUCUAAAUGCUGAAAUGAAGGAAAGUAACUAGGUGUGGAAAGACUGUGAACUCAGUUUAGUGUUGAUACUGAUAACAAAUUCCCAGAUUCAGAGGCACCCUUGAUUCUUACUGUGUGUCUUUUGCACCUGGAUCUGGUUGGUAGAUUUUAGGAUAUAAGAAAGAAACAAAUUAGAUCUGUUACGUCUGUGCUCUGCCUAUCUCUGUAAAGCUGUAAAGUAUCCCUUUUGGUUGGGUAUUCUUUCAGGCAACUAAGAGCCUGACUCUGUCUUGGGUUUAAAAAUAAAAGCAAAAUACCUAAAACUGCAUCGAAAGCAAAGCAGAGCCUUUAAAAGCCUCAUAAGCCCCUUUCAUGCAGCACUGCCCUGCUUAAAGCUUCAAUGUAAGAAAAACAAUGCUCAUGUUUUAUAGAGAAGACGUGACACACAUAGCUGUGCUGAUCCUAUCAGUUGGUAGCAUUUGAAUUUGCUGAUUAUGUGACAACUGGGACAGAAGGUUUUUUUUUAAAUUACUGAACUAAUAUUUGGUGUUAUGUUGCUAAUGAGACUUUUCUUUGUUUGGUAUAAAAAUAUCUAAGAAUAUAUGUGACUGAAGAUUAUAACACAAUCCGGAUUGCUUUAUUUUAAUGCUGGUACAGAAAUAAUUGUACAGUACUUUUAAAGUCAUUUUAAAACCAAAGAAGUUUUUUUAAUCUUCAAAUGGGGGGAUUAAAUAUUUUAGAAUCCAGUUUUCUACCCCACCCUUUUUAUAAUCUUGAGAUUCAGCUAAUACUGAACAAAAUUUGCAGACUUUAAUAGACUAGUGAAAUGAAUUAACUAAUACUGUAAUACAGUACUAAUGUGAAAUGUGUUUAAAUGGGAAAUACCAUUUCAUUUGCUAUGGUACAGGCUGUACAGUUGUACUGAUACUUUCCUUCGUGUACCAAAGUUGUUGACAAAUUUAAAGUAGUACUUUCCUUCCAGUUUAUAUCCAAGUUACCAAAGUUUAACCUAUUACUUCAAAUCCAAUAAUAAGCAAAUGGAAUUGUCAGCUGCAAUUACUGCUACUGUGUCCUUUAAAUCUGGUUCUUCCCUUUUUGCUUUGAUAUAAUGAGGAAUAGCCAAUAUUCCCAAAUAAGAUGAAAAUUUGUGUUGUCUUAACACGUUCUCUUACUUUGAUUACAUAUUAAAUCAGUCAUUGAAUUUCCCUCAUGCCUUGACAAGGAUGUCUUUAUAAUAUUGUACAGUAUGUCUAUGUAUUUAAAUAUAACUGAUCAAAGCAAAACAAAAUUAACUAGUUGACUUCCUAAAUUAAUUAAAAUGUAUUUCCAUACCCCUUUUUUUGUUAGGCAAAAGCAACAACUAUUAAGGAAGCUCUAGCCAGAUGGGUAAGUAGAUUUGUUGUGCUUAUGUAGUUGUGUGGAUUUCCUCUGUUAAGAAUAAGUUUUUGUCAUUUUUCUUGCAAUGAUGUAGAAAUAGCAUUUUGCAAGGAAUACAUGAUUGGAAUACCUCUGUACAAAAAGCUUUAUAUUUUUAGCUCACUGAAGUUCUUUUUUUUAAUUUAUUUCAGCUGCUAUAUAUACUGCUACUACUAAUGCUAGUUAAUAUUUAUAUAACUUCAGCAAUGUGCAGACACUGAUGUGUGCACAAACUUUACAUAGUCAGUGCUUGAGAGCUUAGUAUCUACAUUAGAUGGGCAAGAUGCAGAAGCAGGAUAGAAAUCGAGAUUUCAUAGAAUUGUAGGGUUGGAAGGGACCCCAAGGGUCAUCUAGUCCAACCUUCUACAGUGCAGAAAUCUCAGCUAAUGCGUUCAUGAUAGAUAUCCAACUUCCGCUUCAGAUACUGGUACCUUUUAAUUGAAAAACUUUUAAAAGAAAUCCCUGAAGUAACUGAUAUUAUGGUUUGAAGUCUUGUUUAUUCUGUUACAUUUUACUCCAAGAAAACCCAUUUAUCCUAAAUAGAACCCAGUAACCCAUGUAUGUACAAAAUAGUUUUUAAAAAUGUAAUCACGUUGAGAUCCCAAGAUAAAAUUUUGCAGGAUGUUCUUAGAAAUAUGAAAUCAUAAAUACGACUUUAGGGGAAUUUAUAUCAUUGAUUUUUUUAAAAUCACGUUUAACAUUUAUAAACUUUGUAGCUUAACUUUAAAUUUUAAAGUAAGUUCAUAACGUGCCAUGUCACAUUAAAACCGAUGAAGUUCUGAAGAGAUUUGUAUUUUUAGUUUUGAAAUACUGUAUCUUAAUUCUGGGCUGAACUUUUAAGGUUUCGUGUAGCCAAAAUUGUCUAUUUUUUGAAAUUUCAAGCCCUCAAAGUGAAAAACAGGAUGAGAUAAAAUAAAAUCUGAGAUCAGGGAUCUUCUUUAAUACUGUGUUUAGGAAACUGAAAGCAAUAUAAAAUGGUACGGUAAUAGUCAUUGGAUCACAUGACAUGGAAUGACCCAACAGAGGAAAAGCUAAGAGUGAUAGGUAGGUUUGGGAAAGGUUUUGCUGAAGGAGGAAAUGAAAGCUGUUUGAUUAAUAGGGGCAUGCAUAUCCAAGGAUAAGACACAACAUGAUAAAAAGCAUUGAAGGAGGUCAAAGGCAGGAUUGAAUGAAAGUGCUUGAUAGGCCUAGCCAGCUUUAUUAUUUAUUUUUUUAAAAUAAUUUUUAUUAACAGACCAAUCAAAUCACAUAAAUUCCAAAUUACAAAGCCGAAUUUUAAAUUUUUUGUUGGGGGUACCCAUAUUUCAAGUUCCGAAAGGGAUCCAAUCCUCUUGUUGUUGCUGCUGCUUUAAUGUCCACAAAUCUGUCCAAAUAGUGUUCACCCUUCUAUCCAAUCCUUUCUUGUUAUUUUCCACAUCUCUUCUUGUUAUUUUCAUAUAUUUUUCCCUUCUCUUUGUGACCUCCGAUAGUCUCCACAAGCGGGUUAAAACAAAUUGUAAUCCUUUGUGAGUUUUUGCUCGUUAAUCUUCACAGAUCUGUCACUCUCUUUCUCAGUCCUUUGAGAUUCUGCCAGUCCAUAGCUUCCUAGAAUCAUAGAAUCAUAGAGUUGGAAGAGACCACAAGGGCCAUCGAGUCCAACGCCCUGCCAAGCAGGAAACACCAUCAGAGCACUCCUGACAUAUGGUUGUCAAGCCUCUGCUUAAAGACCUCCAAAGAAGGAGACUCCACCACACUCCUUGGCAGCAAAUUCCACUGUCGAACAGCUCUUACUGUCAGGAAGUUCUUCCUAAUGUUUAGGUGGAAUCUUCUUUCUUGUAGUUUGGAUCCAUUGCACCGUGUCCGCUUCUCUGGAGCAGCAGAAAACAACCUUUCUCCCUCCUCUAUGUGUCAUCCUUUUAUAUAUUUGAACAUGGCUAUCAUAUCACCCCUUAACCUCCUCUUCUCCAGGCUAAACAUGCCCAGCUCCCUUAGCCGUUCCUCAUAAGGCAUCGUUUCCAGGCCUUUGACCAUUUUGGUUGCCCUCCUCUGGACACGUUCCAGUUUGUCAGUGUCCUUCUUGAACUGUGGUGCCCAGAACUGGACACAGUACUCCAGGUGAGGUCUGACCAGAGCAGAAUACAGUGGCACUAUUACUUCCCUUGAUCUAGAUGCUAUACUCCUAUUGAUGCAGCCCAGAAUUGCAUUGGCUUUUUAGCUGCCGCGUCACAAUGUUGGAUCAUGUCAAGAUUGUGGUCAAACAAUACUCCUAGAUACUUUUCAAAUCAAAUGCUCACAAGCCAUGUGUCACCCAUCAUGUAUUUGUGACUCACAUAUAAUUUUCCCAAGGGCAAUACUUUACAUAUCUCCCAGUAAAAUUCAUCUUGUUUGUUUUGGCCCAGUACUCUAAUCUGUCAAGGAAGUUUUGAAGUGUGAUCCUGUCCUCUGGGGUGUUAGCCACCCCUCCCAGUUUGGUGUCAUCUGCAAAUUUGAUCAGGAUGCCCUUGAGUCCAUCAUCCAAGUCGUUGAUAAAGAUGUUGAAAAAGACAGAACCCUGUGGCACCCCACUAGUCACUCUUCCUCCUCCCGAUCAUCAUCAUAAAUCUUUUGCCAGAACCUGCCAAGAUGGCGACUCUCUUUUUAUUACUGUGUCAUUCCAAGAACCCUUGUUCUUUUCUCAAUCUCCAUAAAACCAAACUUUUGGUUCGUAAUUCAUUUCCACACAGUUUUUAAUCAUCCUGCUUAGGUCAGUUAUGCGACGGUUCUUUCUUGGGGAGGGGUUAUUGGUUAAUCACAUAGAAGAAAAGAAAAAAGUCCCCCCCCCAUCCAGUCCCGCUCCGACAUACCAAACCUUUGAUGUAUCUUUGAUGUAUCUUCUUCAGAUAUAUUCCUGUUAAAUCCAACCCGUCGCUCUACUUUCACAGAGGUCACUUCAAUUAGCAGUCUUCACUCCCGUUCUUCACUUGAAAUAUGUGCAUUUGCUUCUCUCUCUCAUUGUUUAUUUCGAGUUGCUGCAACUAGUGCGCGAUCAGAGACAGCGUCCGGAAGAGCCAGGACCCACACAAGGGCUUUGUGCCUAGUGCCCUCACCCCCUUCUUUCGAAUCCGGGGGUGAUUUAUGGCCACAGCAGGCAAAGCAGUGUUCCCUAUAUCAUUGAGGAACAAGGGAGGCUGCAUACUCCCAUAUCAGCCUCUUAAUUACCUCGUGUGAGCCGGAGAGAUGUUAUUGUCGGCCAUCUUCCAAUGCGCCCCUAGCGGCCCCCCCUAGCCAGCUUUAUUUUUAAAGGAUGGUCUCAGCCUACCUAGUUAUUAUUGGGAUCUCAGUAUUAAACUCUUAACUUUUGAUAAGUUAGUAGAGCAUAGUAGAAAUGUUUAUAAAAUUAACCCUCAAUUUAUUUUUAAGUAUUAUUUUAAUCAAAAGGUUACAUAAUUACACAGUGUUACUACAGCAUGCUCCAGAACACCUAAGGUUUAUUGUCAUACUGUAUAGUUGUUUGAUUUGUCCCUUUGCUGAAAAUUAUAAUCUGCAGGGAGCUACAUGAGCUGGUGAAGAAUAGUGGGGGAGAAGAGAAGGGAGACAAGGGAAUGAGAUGAGACUUAGUCAAGGGCAGAGAGGUAGAAAGCUUUAAAAGCAGGGAUUACAAGCUUGUGGUUGGUGCAGGGUGUAAAGGCUGAUGUAAUUAGGGAAGAUAUGUUUGCUUCAGUCCCCUACUUAGGUAUUUGAUGGAUCUUCUGCCAGCUGUCCUGCCUUUCUCAUACAAUUAGCCUUUCAGUCUAAUUACCAGGAAGUCAUUCCCUUUUUCAAGUAAACAAACAGGACAUGUGCAACUACACUUCAUAAAGAAAAUGUUCUAAAUUUGUAGAUUUAAAUUAAUUUUAUCAAUUAUUUCUCUUACUUAUUUUCCCUUUUAAAUUAACUACUACAAUUUUUUUCACAUUUUGAAAGUAUUUGCUUGUUAGUACAAUUUAGCAUUUAUUCAGUACAGACAGAAUAGUAACAAUCAGUAUUACAACUAGAUUUGGAAGAUGCUUGAUAUACCCUCAUUCACCAUUAUGCAGGAUGCCAGUUAACAAUGCAAAGAUCUAGUUUUUCCUGAUAUUAAAUGGCUGGUGAGUAGAAAGGGCUGUCAGGAAAUGGAGUGGUUUGUUUGUUGUCUUCAAAUUACUGUUGUAACGGAACAUGACACAAAUCAGACAUGGGGCACUGGGUUGUAUGUACCACUGAACUACCAUGAGUAUGAUCAUGUUCUUACAUUAAGUGAAGUGCAUAUUUAAAUGUCUGAGUUGAAGAUAAAAUGAUUAGAAUAAUGUCUUCUCUGAAUGGAUAGGCAAAAAAAUAGACUAGGUGGAAUAUAGAAGCUCCGGUAUCAUUUUGAGAAGAAAUGAUUACAGUUUUAUAUUAAGAAAAUGUUGCCCCUUGUGUUAAAACUUUUUGUGAUACUCCUUUGUAAAUUCACAAUUUAGUCAGAGGAGUUCAUACAAUCACUGAAUACAAGGCCAGGAAGCUUUUCAUUCCUAUCCGAAUGUAAUUUGCUCAUGACAAUCUGGUUCUGUUGGGGUUCAACCAAGGCCCUGAUUGCUCUUGAGUGCAGUACCUUAAACAGUAAUGAAUUAGUAGUGGCAAUACACACAGCCAUAUUUUGGAUCAGUGAUGUCCCCAACUCAGUGCAAUCAAUUUGUCAUCGAUUGUGUAAAGAAGCAGCAUUCCAGACUGAGAAAAAAGCAUUUUACCACAUAUUCAAGGUUGCAUGAACAAUUCUCAGUCAACAUUAACUAUAGCUUUAGUGUAAGUUAUUAUGCAGCUGAAUAGCCACAAUAGACUAAAUUGAACAUUCAUAAUUAUAUACUGAAUAGGAUGUCUUCCUCUAUCUGUUUCUCUUUUAAUUAGGAAGAAAAAAAUGGUCAGAAGCCGUCGGAGGCCAAAGAAGUGAAACUUUAUGCCCAGAUUCCCCCUAUAGAGAAAAUGGAUGCAUCUCUUUCCACUCUAGUUAGCUGCGAGUACGUUCUGUAUAUUGGUGGGAGCCACUUUAAGUUAUUUCUGCCUUCUUUGCAUCUGCUUUUUUGUUUUAAUUUAGUGUUCAUUUUUUUAAAGCAAUUUUCAUAUUUCUUGACUUGUUAAUUGUUAUGUUUGGAUGUCACACAAAACUAUGACACCCUCUCUUCCCAGGUGCUUCCUCCUACGUGGCUGGGAAGAGGAGUUUGGAAAUUUUACUUUUGCUUUUGGUUAACCACAGCUUGUGUCAUUCUAACUACUGUGUUUGUCUAAACAUUAUGGCAUCUAAACUUUGAUUAACAUUAACAAUUGUUAGUUUUUAAACAACUCAGCUUCAGAAAUCAGGAAUUGAUGUUGGCUUGUUUUAAAUUAACCAUAAUUCUUUUUUUAACCCAUAUUAUUUUAACAAAUAGUAACAAAGACACAAUAUAAAUAUUGUUGUGCAGCACAAAAUAUUAUGCAGCAUUUAACAUCUGUAGCAACUCUCCCACAUUCUUCUCUAACAAGAUACAGUACUGACAAUAUUUGAUAGUCAUUUUAGUUGCAUGACACUAGAAACUGGUUAACCAGAAGUUGAAACCAAAUUUGAAUACCUGGAGGACCAUGAGUUCUCCAUCUGUAAUAUAGACAGUAAAAAAAGCACAUAUAAAAACAUAGGCCAAGAUUCCACAUCAGCGGAAGCCCUAAUCGAGGACUUCUGCUUGCACAAUGGUCAAUGUUCCUCUUCUCUUCCCCCAGUGCCCCAGAAAUAGGCUUUGUGGGAUUCAGGAGAACCCCUUGAACAGAGAAUGAGGGUGGGGGUGUUCUUCCUUCUGGGAAGCCAAAAUGUAGUAUUCUGAGCAAUUGUUAUUUGUAAAAGAACCACUACUUUGGUAAUUUUAGUGUUCUUCAUGUACAAUUUCUGGAUUUGUCCCCCAUUUUAGAAAGCUGUCCUUAUCUACAAACUGCAUUGAAAAAAUUGCCAACUUGAAUGGGUUAAGUAAGUAAUAUGUGUUUUUUGAAGCUGCUUCAUUAUAUGUACCUUCACUUAUUUCAUACUUUGAGUCUGUUCAGAUCCUUCUCCUGCUGCAAAUUUUUAUGAGCACUGGAAUUGGGAGCAGGACUCAGCUUUGAGUUCGCCACCCACCUUCCUAGAAGGUUACAUCUGUAUCAGGAUAUCCUCUGUAUAGUAUAUAUUGUAGGAUCAGGGAGAUCAUAUUUUUUUUCAAAAUAGCAUUUGAACAGACACUAAGUUUACAUUUACUGACUGAUUUUAAAUAAUUGAUACCAUCUUUAAAAAAGAGGAAUUUGGCAUUAAUUUUUCUCAUUGACUACAGCAGAAAACAGAUAAUUUGAAAAUCAAUAUUUCACUUGAAAAUUGAUAUAAGCAGUAGAGUGUUAGGAAGCACUGAAUAAUUAUGUUUGACUGCUGAUUUGAUGAUGAAAAUCUGCAUGCCAUGAUUUGGGUUGUGAGUGACUUCUAACCCCCCUUAACACGCAUGCAUGUGUAUGCAUAUACACACCAGAGAAGGGAACCACUUCCUUGGUAUAGGUCCCACUGAGGAAUGUGUGUGGAUAUCUCAAACACAUGGGCAGGUAUAUUCUAGGUUCAUGUUAUACUUGUAAGCUGCUGCUUUUUUAGUUCUAUGAGCAAAAUUCAUCAACGCUGUUGCAUCCAUUUGUAUCUGAUCAGCAACUGCAGAUUAAGACAGUAAUAUUGCCAGGAGCAUUGAGGAAGGGAGACACUAUUAAGCGGUUGUUUCCAAUAUAUUCAGACACCUCAUUCAUUAUGCUUUUUGCUGGGAAAGAUGUCCGGCUAUUAUGGUUGCUUUGGAAAACAUCUCACAUAGUGAUUCUAAACACAUGGGUGAGAUGCUGGAUGCCUAUAAGCUCCAUCCAUAUGAAUAACUGAUUAUUGUUUUCUUAUGUUACUGUGCAGAAGUAGGGGAGGGGUGCAGUGAAACUCAGCUCCCUGAAUGACCAGACUGUAUAGAUGACUGACUCUCCAUAUGGUUAGAGCAGGAUUAAGGAACUUGUGUCACUGCAAAUUCUGUUCCAAUCCAGUACCCAUUAGCCCCAUCUAUCAUGGGCAGUUGUUAGGGAUGAUGAGAGUUAUAAUCCAAAAUACCUUUGGAUGGCCACAGAUUCCUCAGUCCUGGGUUAGAGCAUCCAUGCAGGAUAGUUUUAAACUGUGUCCAUUCAGUGAGUGGCUAUCUGUUUCCAUUCUUUGACUACACACUUUUCCCUUUGACACAGCUGGAUCAAUGAAAGAUAGCUCCUUGGCAUUGGCUUGUAUGAAGUUUCCACAUUACUUAAAUAAAUAGCACUGUAGAAAAAUACCUGCUUUGUUUCCAUUGCAGAAAACUUACGGAUAUUGUCACUGGGAAGAAACAACGUAAAGAAUCUGAAUGGACUGGUAAGCAACCCUCUUAAGACGACUGCUGCUUAUACUACUGCAGAGUAGUUCGCCAUAUGUUUCUGUGCAAGGAUAUGAUGCUAACACUGUUCAAAAAUAUAGUAGAUGCAGGAACAUCAUCAAUACUUGUAGCAACUGUGCAAAUUCCCCACCAAUAAUGAAAACUCCCCUAGUAACUGUGUAGAUAAAGCAGGCACAGCCUUCUGCCAACACCCCACCCAUUCCAUUUCCCAGAUCAUGACCAGUUUUCAUUGAUGAGGAACGACAACAGUUGAAUGAUCUAGCCCAGUGGUUACAUAUUGCAGUAGGAAUCUGUGGAUGUAAAUUCAAUUUAUCCUCUUGAUGGAUGUUGCCUGUUCUCUGCAAGACUUACUUUUAUACUUAAUGAGCUGACUAAGAAACUAGUCAUCCAAUGUGCAGGUAUCUGCAAACAGUUCUGUGUCUUCUUUCAUGUCCAGAUGCCUGGAAUACAAUUCUCCUCUGUCUUGAUGUCAAGGCUGAAGGUCUUGGUUUCUCUCUGAAUUACGAUGUUGUCCUCUCGUUGGCUUGUCUCAACUUUCAGCCUGCUAGUGGGGAAGUAGGGACUCCAGAGGAAAACUUUUAUUUCUUUGAUGUGCUCAUACAUACAUACAUGAUAAUAGGAGAAUGCAGAGCAUUCUUUUCUGAAGCAAUAUUAUCUUUCAGGAGGCAGUUGGGGAUACUUUAGAGGAGCUGUGGAUCUCAUACAACCUGAUUGAGAAAUUGAAAGGGCUCCAUGUGAUGAAGAAGCUGAAGAUUCUCUACAUGUCAAAUAAUCUGGUAAAAGACUGGGGUAAGCCAGAGUUGUUUCUCAAUAAAUAUAUUGGUAAUUUAUAAUGAGUUCAUAGCAGGUAACUUAGGUUGGUAAAUGAGUUGAUUCCUAAAGUUGUAAGUAUGUGUGUCUAUGUGUAGUUAUUUUCGACAAUGUAUAUAGCCUGCCUUUCAGCAAUUCUAUUCCCAAGGUAGUUAACAAAUCAUAUUAAAUUAUAUUAGGGGGUGGGGAAUGAAAUCAUGCAUUGAUGAAAACAGCAGAACAGUAAAGGCAUAAAAUCACAAUAAAAUAAGUUCAAAUUCAGCUAAGAUUUUAAAAGACGUGUUGGGGAACAAACUUUGCCUGGUGCUGAAAAGACAUACAACUGGGUGGCAGGUGAAUUUCCACCAAGGCAGGUGAUCACAAUGGGAAAGGCCCUUUCUCUGGUAGCCACCCAUCUGACCUAUGAAGGACUGGGCACCUGAAGAAGAGCCUUCAAGGAUGGCCUUAGCAUGCAGGCAGGUUUAUGUGGGACCUGGCAGUCUGGGUCCCACAUCUGCAGUCUUCUGGUCUUGAGAGGAGUCUUCAUACAACUCUGAGGUUUCUGUGUUCUUCAUAAUACAACUUUGUUUCCUUCUGUGGUUGCAGCAGAGUUUCAGAGGCUGGCAGAGUUGCCAUUACUGGAGGAUCUGGUGUUUGUAGGUAAUCCACUGGAAGAGAAAUAUUCCGCUGAUUCGCAGAGUGCCUGGGUUGAGGAAGCAACAAAACGAGUGCCCAAACUCAAGAAACUUGAUGGUGAGAGCUGGGUAGGAGCAGGGUGGCAUUUAGCAGAUGAAAAAAGCAAAGUAGAAGAAGAAUCUUUAGUUGCAUCAGCCACUAGCCAUAGGAAUAAAAUAAAAUAAAGUGAACUGAAGAUAGGUUUGCAAAUAGGGUGCCAUUGUGUCAAAAUGACUAGGUAGAAAAUAAUCAUACCAUGGACAAAAUUUCCUUAUCGUGGCCAAAUUAUUCUGUCGCUCGAUAUCAUUAUUAUUUGCUUUACUGAAGCUCAGUGUUAAAAACAUGACAAUCUUGCGAUACUAAGGGUAGUAGACCGGUGGGGUUUAAAUUUAGCCAAAGCCAAUAAUUAAAUGUCCUACACCCAGUCUGUAAUUCAACAGAGGGGAGAUUAGCAUCCAAGCACAGUGAAGCAUUUGGAACACAGAAUGGAACCGAAAAAGAAUUGCCUUAGGAGCUUAGAUUGAACAGCUUCUGUAGAUCCAAGGUGUUCACCUGUCCAAAUCUGAGCCCCAUAUAAUAACUGUGCUAAGGGUUUACCUGUAAACACUUCAAGUGCUGAUGGUAUGUGAUUGCCACCUUUUGUAUGGAAAAAGCGUGUCAGAAUUUUGGCACUUUGAGAAGCUUUUUCCUUUGUAUAUUUCUAAUGUGCUCCCCAUGACCCUGUUGACUGAAAAAUAAGGCCAAGGUGUUUAAAGACUUUUAACUUGUUCAAUCAACUGAUUACCCAUACACCAUCUAUAGUUUCUUGAAAACACCAUGACUUUAGUUUUCUUGUAAUUCACAGCCAGAUGUUCUCUUUGGCAGUAUCCUGAGAAUGUUCUCAUCAAUCUUUUUAGGUCCACUUUUAUUUGAGAUAGAAGUAUCGCAUCAUCUGCGUAUAAUAAUAUAGAGAUGGCUUUUUUGGCCAGUUUAGGGGCAUGAUACUCUGGGGAUGUUAACCUCUGGACAAUAUCAUUUAUAUAGAAAUUAAACAGUGCGGGAGCUAGGAUACAACCCUGCUUAACUCCCUUUGUGGCUGGUAUGCAUCCUGUGAACUACCCAUUUGUAGGGCAACGCAAUUUCAGCACAGUGUUUUUAUAUAGACAUUUAAUCAAGAACAAUAAUCUUUUAUCUAUACUUGAAGAGUUCAUCUUACUCGAGAGAUUGAAUCAAAUGCAGCUUUUAAAUCAAUGAAAGCUGCAUAUAGCACACCACUUGGUUUCUUAACAUACUUAUCUAUAAAAUGGGCUAGUACAAAGCAAUAGUCUAUAGCGGAUCUGCCUUGUCUAAAUCGUGCUUGCUCUUCAGCAAGAAUAGCUUCAUCAGUUAAACAAGCAAAGUAUUAACUCAUCAUUUCCCCAUUAAAUAUAUUUUGGUAAAGAUUUGAAUUCUUUCCUGUUCAGAAUUUCUGUAUAUUGGGUGGUUAAUGUAAUGGUAUCUUAAUUUUUUAAGAAAACAGACCCAUAUAUAUAUUUUCUGUCAGUUAGUGCUUUAAAAUAUCUAUUUUGCUACGUAGCCCAAAUUAUCCAGUAUUCCCUAGAGAUUGGCAGUUAAUACAUCACCUUGAAAAAUUAUAUUGUUCACAUAUUUCCAUUUUCCAAUCAGAUACAAAUAUUGGGUUCAGGCAACAAAUUGUAGGUGGACUAUGGUGUAUUGCUCAGACAAUAGAAAAUCCCUUGGAAAAGGCUUUUCUGGGCUUCUGGAACAAUUUGUAGUCAGCCCAGGGAAAGGAGGCAGUUAUUAAGCAUGCUAGAAUCACUGUGUUUUUCUUCCAUUAGAUGGUGAUGGUGGAAUUGAAGCUUUCUCAUUGGAAACUGUUUCUCACUUGUAUUCUUUCACUUCAGUCCUUUAAUAUCUGUGCUCCUAGAAUACUAUGAUAUUCCACAGGUGCACUGAUCAGUCCAUUUUCCUAGGUGCUUAAUUGCUGGCAUGUUAUUAAGUCAGGCCUGGGCAGCAGUUUUAGUUAGUUUUCCUGUUUGUACUGUUUUUCUCUCAAGUUUUAGUUAAAAACAUGUUUAACGGUUCUCCACUCUCGUUUUUAGGUAUUCCAGUUAUUAAGCAAGAAGAAGGGGAAGAAGGGGAAAACCCAGCGUGA